AUGCAAAGAAUGCGGGGAAAGAUUUUCAAGAAUGAACCUCUAGUUCCAAUGAAUGUCACGUCAGAACACGAACAAGUGCAAUCAAUUAGUAAAGAAGAAUCACGUUCAUUACUGUCAAACGAUCUAAACUUAAGUGCAGAUCUGGAAUUGCAAUUGGAAUCCGAACCAGAGAUAGAGUCGGAACAACUAAAAAAUCAUGAAGAUGUGUAUGAAAUCAUCAGGCUGAUGGUUCUAGCAGCAGAUACAACAUUGCCUAGAUUAAGCAAUAACCUGCUAACAGGAAUUUAUAAUCACUGGAAAUUGAAUCCCAACGAUGACUUGCCACUUUAUAAUCCCACCAAAUAUACACCAUAUGAAUUUCACUCCCAGUAUAAUCAGGAUCGGUCCUAUAUAAUCACACCAAGAUUAUCGGUGACAAAGUUAUUAGUGUCUAGUUGGUGUGAGCUACGCAGCUUUUAUCAAGUUUAUUCUGGGUCAGUUCGGCUACCAUCCACUAAAGCCAUGACACAAGGUACCAAGCUUCACUCAAAAUUAGAAGCAGAGGUCCAUCCGGAAAUAGAUACCACGGAAAUAGAACAGUUUCUUAUUUCUAAUGCAAUGAGUUUAAGGGAGUUGCAAACCACUGUCCCAGCCGAAGAAGAGACGGUGGUUAUUGAUUUGGGAGAGGUUGAGCAAUUAGCUGUUGAUUGGGCGGAAAUGUUAAUUGAAAGAUUGUUUUCAUUGAUUAUGGGAGCUGAAGCAAGAGAAAUUCUAUUGCACGGUUAUUUGAAUUUGAAAAAUCGACUGUUUGUGACCAAUAAGGAUGAAAUUCGUGAAUCUUCUAGUGUGUUGGUGAGUGGUAUAGUUGACUAUAUCAAACUUCAAAACGUUACAAAUCCAAGUGAUGGAACUUUAUUCGAUGAUAUUCAUGGAUUUGUUGAUAGCGCGUUUGAUCAAGUUGACAAUGUUCCCCUUGUGGAUCUUUCACAGUUUUUGCCUGAGGCUAAACAGAUACUUCAGAAUUAUGACUUCAGGUUGACAUUCACUGAUGUGAAAACGAGAUCAGCACGACAAAUUCCAAGACAAGAGUCGGUUCUUGAAGCCGCAAAAUUCCAAACAUUUUAUUAUAGACAUUUUUUUCAUUUGCUUAGUCGUGAUAGCAGAUUCACUUAUUUCAGUUUGAUUGAGAAUGCAGAGCGCAGAGGACAUGACGUUGACAAGCCGUUGAGCAUACUUACAACUAUCAGUUUGUUGCGGAAACAUUAUCAUAUUUUCUUCAAAGAUUUCGUGAAACUUGCCAACGGAGAACCAAUAGGAUUUUCACCUUUUGACGAUUCAGCUAAAUCAAUUCCUUAUGAUUUUGUUUCAAUGUUUCAAUCCAGCGAUGAAUUUUCUUUGGCUAAUCCAAAUCAUAACCACUUUUUGGAGCAAAUACUGGCGAUUGAUGGAAUUGAAUAUGAUCUGAUUCUUUCGCCUUUGUUGAAAGUGUGGAAAACUCCGCCUACUCUUAGAUACCUAGCUGCGAGGGCAAGUCAAUUAUUUAAUGUUUUCAAUGAAAAUAUAGGUGAUAUAACUUCAGUUGAGUAUCGAUACAACAAGACAUCUGAAUUGUUACUGGAAAAGGUAUAUGAUUAUAAUUUUUCCGAAUUUCAAGCUGAGGUAGAAAGUGCCAGCAAAUUUUGGAAUGGUGAGAGAGAGGUAAUCCCAACUGAAGAUCUACUGCGUUGUUCGUAUUGUGAGUUUCAAUCCAAAUGUAUGGUGGCCGGUGGUAAGACUACAGAAGCCGUAGAAAAGAAAACAAUAGGACCCAAAAUUAGACAAUUUUUAAAUGAAUGUGAGUCAUCUUCAAAAGGAUAG